AUGUCUUCGUCCCACCCACCCACCCCUUCGGCAACGGCCGCUGCCACCAUACAGUCUUCAAAAGCCGUCGCUCCGGCCCAACAGCCCGGCAUGCCCACCGCUGCGUACCCCUCCAUCAAGCUCUUUGCGGGCAACUCGCACCCCGAGCUCGCUGCGCUCAUUGCCAAGCGCCUGGGCAUCCCGCUCGCCCGCGCAAACGUGCAGCAGCCGCCCUCGGGUGAGACCAAGGUCACCAUCGUCGAGAGCGUGCGCGACUACGAUGUCUACAUCCUCAACACUGGCGCUGGCGCCAUCAACACGUCUCUCAUGGAGCUGUGUAUCAUGAUCCACGCGUGCCGCAUCUCGUCGGCUCGCAGGAUCACCGCCAUCAUCCCGCACUUCUUCUAUGCGCGCCAGGACAAGAAGGACAAGUCGCGUGCACCCAUCACCGCCAAGCUUGUCGCCAACAUGCUCCGCGAGGCCGGCUGUGACCACGUUAUCACCAUGGACCUCCACGCCUCGCAGAUCCAGGGCUUCUUCGACGUUCCCGUCGACAACCUGUAUGCCGAGCCCUCGAUGAUCCACUACAUCAAGACCAACAUCGAUGUCCAGAACUGCGUGAUUGUGUCGCCCGAUGCCGGUGGCGCCAAGCGUGCGACCUCGAUCGCCGACCGCCUCAACGUCGAGUUUGCCCUCUUCCACAAGGAGCGCAAGCGCGCCAACGAGGUGUCGCGCAUGGUUCUCGUCGGCAGCGUCAAGGGCAAGGUCGCCAUCUUGGUCGACGACAUGGCCGACACUUGCGGCACCCUCGGCCUGGCCGCCCGCAACCUUCUCGAGGCCGGCGCCACCAAGGUGUAUGCCAUUGUCACCCACGGUAUCCUCGGUGGCCCCGCACUCAAGGUCAUCCAGGAGAGUGGCCUCGAGAAGCUCGUGGUCACCAACACCAUCCCCCAGUCAGCCAACGUCGAGAAGUGCGACAAGAUCGAGGUCGUCGACGUGGCGCCUGUGCUGGCUGAGACCAUCCGUCGUUCGCACUUUGGCGAGUCGGUCUCCUUCCUCUUCCACGAGUGA